GUAAUUCCAACUAAGACAUUAUUGACUAUUUCCCAUGAGACUUUUAUAGCUGGACUAACUCAAUUAGCUCAAUUAGUCUAGUACAACCAACAUGAUUUGUUUUUUCCUCUACAAGCUUCAUUAUGUUGAACUCAAUUUUUAUAUCAACGUUUUAGUGUUAAUAAGUGGUCAAAUUACUCUAUUUAAGUUGCUAUAACUCCUUUAUUUUACUUUCUUUCUACUCAACAAAGUUCAUGCAAAUUUUUACCUAAAUUUUAUUGAGUAUAAGUAACUUAUUUCACUUCAGUCAGACAGACAUAUUGUAAUACAAUAUUAAGUUUCAUUCAGACAUCUUUCUUCAUUUUUAAUUUUGAUCAACUUCUUUGAAAGUCAACUUAAUAAAACAAUGGACAUGUAACAAAUUGUAUUUUUUAUGCUGGAAAAGCGUCAUACUCACUAACCGCCUGAAUCUUUUCUUACAGUGUAGUUGACUCGGAUGAAUGAAUGAGGUUGACAAAUAAAAUAACUUAAAGAUCUGACUUAUGACAGGAGCUUUAACCCAACAGGUUAACUCAUCUACUGUCAGGUUCAGUGAGCAGAAGAGAGUUGAGGUAUUUGGAGCCUCCACCUCUCCAGUCUCUCAUAUACAAAAACAAGUUUCUCAUAAAGUGUGCCUGGAAUUAAAUGCCCAUGCUUUUCCAUCUGUUUGUCCUUCGUGUUAUUUUUGGUUUCCAAGGUGAAACAUGAAUGGACAGAAAGGCAGGAGGUCCUCUCAUUGAAUGACUGUGCGUCAUCGCAGCGCAUCCAGUAAUAAUCACGCCUCCUGUCGUGGCGAAUAUAAAAGCUGCUCUCCUCCGACUCCCAGGGACUGGAGCUGUUUUACUCCGGCUGAUGACUAAGUGAAAGUCAACAAAUGUCCACUCAGUUUAAACAGUCAUACUUUAUGUGUCCAUGCUUACACACAUAGAGGCAGAAUGGAUUUAAACCUGACGCUACCAGGGCGCGACCUGGGCGCGCUGGCGCAGAUACUUUUUGGGAAUAACUCACUGUUUCCAUUAGAAAACAACACCGCCGCUUCAAAGACGGAGGAGGAGGAGGAGGAGGACUUGGAGGUGAACACGGACGUUUACUCCAGGGUGAUCGUCACUGUCAUCUACGCGGCUCUGUUCGCUGUGGGCUCUCUGGGCAACUCCAUCACCCUGUACACCCUGCUGACCAAGAAGACCCUGCAGAACCUGCAGAGCACCGUGCAUUACCACCUGGCCAGCCUCGCCGUCUCCGACCUGUUCAUCCUGGUGCUCUCCAUGCCCAUCGAGCUCUACAACUUCAUCUGGUUCCACCACCCGUGGGUGUUCGGGGACGCGGUGUGCAGGGGUUACUACUUCCUCCGGGACAGCUGCUCGUACGCCACCGCGCUCAACAUCGCCAGCCUGAGCGUGGAGCGCUACAUGGCCAUCUGCCACCCGUUCAAAGCCAAGAGCAUCAUGUCCCGCAGCCGCACCAAGAAGCUCAUCAGCGCCAUGUGGAUCGCGUCCUUUGCGCUCGCGACGCCGAUGCUCUUCGUCAUGGGCCAGGAGGUGCGUAACGGAGAGAAGAUCUGCACCUCUAUCGUGUCUCCUGUCACCAUUAAGACCGUGCUGCAGGUAAACGCCUUUCUGUCCUUUGUGGUUCCCAUGGUGGCCAUAUCUGCACUGAACGGGGUCAUUGCCAAUCAGCUGCUGAGAAUGUUCCGUGAGGCGGAGCAGGAAAACCGUGUCUGCAUCAUCGGGGGAAAUCCCACCAUGCUGAACGUCACCGUGGAGCCUAACCGCGCUCAGUCGCUUCGCCAUGGAGUUAUUGUUCUCCGAGCGGUGGUCAUAGCCUUCGUGGUCUGCUGGCUGCCCUAUCACGCUCGCCGCCUCAUGUUUUGCUACAUCACUGACUGGUCCGAUGGCUUGUAUGACUUCUACCACUAUUUCUACAUGCUGACCAACGUCCUGUUUUACGUCAGCUCAGCCAUCAAUCCCAUCCUCUACAACCUGGUGUCUGCCACCUACCGCCAGAUCUUCUUCUCCACACUGCGCUACUUCUGCAUGCCGUGCCGCCAAACACCCAGGAGACACCCCCACGCCUUAACCCGCCACUCCAUCAGCAUCUCCAGCAACCACACUCUCUCCACCAACAUCAUCAAAGAGACGGCGUACUGACUGGGACUACACGUUCUCAUCCUACAAACCCAUCCACUGCCACCUUGUGAUUACUGCUCCAACUCCAUCAAGGGAAUUAUGGAACUGGGUUAGAGACUGUUGGCACUAGAUGAUCCAGUAUUUGGUUCGCCAUCAUUGUCAUGGGGGGGUCAAGUCCCCAUUCUGAGACCACUGUGAUUUCAUUUCAGACGCACAUUUUAAUACAUGGUAUUGUGUGUUGUGUCUUUAUUCCUUUAGCAAGAGAUUGUAAAAUUUAAAAAAAAUGACAAUGGAAGAAUUAAACGAGGAAAGAAGGAUGGCCAUAGGACACAGAGUGAAGGGGCAUAUUUUAAAAAGGAAACUGAUAUGUAAAUGUUUUAUACGUGUUUUUAUCGGACCAUUCAUUCACACUUGCUCAGUGCUGUAUAGUGUACAUGACUACUGUUUCAUUGUUUUUAAGAAUCAACCUUUAAACCUCUUGAAAGUUCUUUCUCUAUAAAAAUGGCCUCUCGCAGUACUUCACCUGAUGAAACCCUCCUUUGUGCCAUUUUGGGUGAACUUGGCUUUGAUGUUGAUGUUGAUGGGGAAAGAAGGCAAAUCAUUGGUAUAUUCUCUGUCUUAGAUCCAAGUUGCAUUGACAGCUGCAAAGGAAGAAACUCUUGCAUCAUUACCACUUCCUUCUCAAAGGCAAUUUUUUUUUUUGAACGGAGUAGAGUUACAUCAAUCUGACUUUUUAAAUCUAUUUUAAUUUUAAGCUGUAUGCCUCACUGUGUGGAAGUGACAGGCAACAUCAGGCUUGACUGCUUUCCCCCCCCAAAUUUUUUUACAUAUUAAAAUAACAUAUGGUAAUAAUGAUGUAAGAUAUAAUUUCUUUAUUAUUACAAUAACACAGGUGCUUCUCAAUGAAUUAGAAUAUCAUAGAAAAGUUUAUUUAUGUCAGUAAUUAAAUUCAAAAAGUGGAAAUAACACAUUAUAUAAAUUAAAGAAUUAAACAUUUCAUGUCCUAACUUCUAAUUAUAAUGAGUAUGGCUUACAUUUAAUGAAGACCUUAAAUUAAAUGUCUGAAAUAUGUUUUGAUAUUACAAAAGACAAAAUUUUAAAAGAAUGUUUAUGUUUGGAAAGUAUGUCAUCUAUAUGACUCAAUACUUGGUUGGAGCUGUUUGACUUCAACUACUGGAAAUGGACUUUUACAUCAUAUUCUAAUUUAUUGAGAUGCACCUGUCAAUCAUAAUAAUAAAGAAUCACAUUUAUCAGAUAGACCCCACUGUCAAUGAUACCUCAUCCAGCUGUUUGAGCCACAUCAGCACGAUAUCCUUUGUCGUUGGGCUGGGCGAUAUUCCUAAAUAUCCUAUGUCGGUAUAGGUCACUGUAUCACAGCAUUUCUUUUCUGGUAAAUCAAUAAAAAAAAAACAGUCUAUGUGAAAUAACCCCAUAUGGAAAAGCCCAUUUUAUA